AUGGGCGCCCAGGUCUAUUGCUUGGACGCCAGCGCCUGCAGCCUGCUGUCAGAGGACUGGGGCCCAGGCACCACGCGCUUUCACUUCCAGCGGGAGCUCAUCGCCUGCCAGUCCCGAGCCUGCCUGUCGGACAGCGGGCGUCGCCGCUUCCUGGAGCUGCCCCACGGCGCCAGGGGCGGGGAGCAGCAGCAGCAGGUGGUGCUGAUCACCAGCAGCGGAGGCAAGGCAGCCGUGGCGCUGCACCCGAGCCCCGAGGCGGCGGCGUUGCAGCAGGCCCUGGCAGGGGUGCGGCCCGACGGGGAAGCCAACCUCGAGGCGGCAUUGAAGCUGGCCCUGCUGGUGAGCCGCUGCUUCCCGCCAGGCAGCACCCACGUCACCGCCUUUGUCGCCAGCUCCGGGGCAGCAGCAGGGCUGUGUGCAGACCACCCAACGGCGGCGGCGGCAGAGCUGCAGCAGCGCUACAGCGCAGCUGGCAUCACCUUGGACGUUGCAAUCCUGUGCCCUAGGGAGGAGCUGGGCGCCGGCGGCGCGGAAGCCCUGGAGGCGCUGACUGGCGGCGGCAGCAGCAGCAGCAGCAGCAGCAGCAGCGAGCAUGCCGGUGGCACCGGCAUGGAUGCCGCUCCCGCCAGCAGGCUGGUGUGGCUGGCGCCGGUGGAGGCUGCUGUGGAGAGCUGGCAGCAGGUGGAGCCCGCUCUGGAGCUGCUGGAGGGGCAGCGCCGUGGCGGCACCAGCGAGCGGGGCCGCAGCCGCGGCCUCGGCGCGGCGGGUGCCCUGGGGCGCGCCACGGCCGCGCUGCCGCAGCGCAUCAGCCGCGCCCCGCGCGCGUUCGACCCGCUGCGCCACCCGCGCGCGCCGCUGCUGGCGCUGCGCAGCGGCGUGCAGCAGCCCGCGCUGUGCAGGGGCGAGUCGCUGAGCAGGCUUGGCCACCUGUCGUCUGACGGCAUGGUGCGCCCCUGGCUGCCCACCUACUCGUCUCUGGGCCAGCAGGCGCGCGCGGCUGCCGCGGGCGGCGGCGACGCCGGCGGCGGCGGCGCCGGCGCAGACGCGGCUGCCGGCAUGGUGUAUGUGGAGGUGCAGCCCAUCCCCAAGUGGCGCACGCUGCUCAAGGUGGCUGCGGGGCGCAUGCUGGCUGCGGGGUCGGGCUCCAGCUGGUAUGCCACCGCCUCCUCUGAGCUGCUGCACUCUCUGGAUGCGCUGAGUGUGCUGGAAGAGGAGGAGGAGGAGGGGGAGCAGCGCGGCGCCUCCAGCAGCGGCAGCAGCGACACCGGCGGCAGCGGCGAGGCCGCCAGCAGGAGGGCGAGCGGCGAGGGCGGCGCGGCGGCCGGCAGCCGCGCGGCGGCUGUGCAGUACCGGCCCGACGCGCGGCGCGGCACGCUGCGCCUGCUUCAGGCUCCCAAAGAGCCCGAGCUGCUCAAGCUGGUGUGGUCUCCAGACCCCGAGGCAGCGCCAGGCGUACCGGCGCCUGCCGGCCAGCAGCAGCCACUAGACAUGUUUGGCGAGGGGGCAGCCGCCGGCGGCGGCAGCAGCGCUGCGCAUGCUGCGCUGCUAGGCUACAUGCCCGCCUCUGCGGUGGCAGCCUCGGCGGCGCGAGGUCCGCUGGUGCACGAGGGCUGUGAGCUCUGGGAGACGGCGGCAGAGUGGGACUGGGAGCUGCCCCUGCCCACGCAGCCAGCAGCAGCCGUCGGCGGCGUGGCGGCAGCACUGGCUGGCGCCGCAACGGCGCCGCCUGCGGCUGUGGAGGCCAGGCAGCUCCCCAACGGGGCGCAGGUGGUCCUGGUGACGCCCGCUGCCAGGCAGGGACGGCACCGGCCGCCUCGGCCGGCAGCUGCCUUUUGGCUGCAGCAGGGGCUGGGCCCCACCAGCCUGCAGCUGCCAGCCUACGGCACCGCCUCCAGCAGCCCUGCAGCGCCGCCGCCGCCGCCGCCAGCAGCUGACGCCCCCUCGGCGCCACCGCCGGCGUCCGCCUGCCCAGAGCAGCGGCAGGACGAGGAGGCAGCCGAGCAGGCACAGCAGGCGGGGUGCGCGGCAGAGAAGCUGGCCGGUGCGCUGCUGAGCCUGCUCCGCGGCCCGCCGGCUGUGGACCUGCGCCGCCUGCGCCGCGACGUCAAGUCUGGCGCCAUCCAGGUCACUACCAUCACCGUGGGCCCACUUCCCGCGGCGUUUGUACGGGACAUUGUGGCCACCCGCAGCGCAAUGAUGGGCAGCACUGAUGUGGAGAACCUGGACUCGUGGGGGGACGGCAGCAGCGUGGAGGAGCGCCGCGCCGAUGGCGGCAGCAGCGGCGUGAGCAGCGCAGCUGCCGGCAGCAAUGCAGAGCGGCAGCCUGGCGGCAGCGGCCAACCCGAGGAGGCGGCGGCUGCUGGAGAGGGCGGCGACGCGGCCGGCGGCGCGGCUGCGGGUGCGAGCGCGGCGGCCAGCGCGGCGGCGGCGGCUGCCAUGCAGCAGCACAGGUCUGCCGUGCUGUCCCUGCUGCGGCGCCGCCUGCACAGGCCGCAGACGGGCGGCAAGGCCGGUGGCGCCGGGCCCAAGCUGGCCGACUCGCAGCCUGCCGCUGCUGCCGCAGAGCCGCCUGCAGCAGAUGGCGCCCCGGAUGCUAGCGCAGAUGGCAGCGCAGGCCAGCCAACCGCCAAGGGCCCGGCGUCCCCCGCUGCAGCCAUCCCUUGCACUCCGCCGCCGACCGCCCACCCUGCGGGGGGCAACACCAUCGACAGCUGUGGCAGCAGCGCCGCAGACACGCCGUUUGGUACCCCCAUGCACAUCCUUCCCAGCCGCCUCCUGCACCACCGUGGCGGGGGCGGCACCGGGGACGAGGCGGGCACCGCAGGCGUCGACCAAGCAGCCGCGGAGGCGGCCGAUGGCGGCCACGGCGGCCUGCCCGGCGCCGGCGUGAAGCACGAUGGGCCCGCUGUGCUGGUGGGGGCCGGCGGGCAGGGCGAGGGCGGCGAGGGCGAGCCGUCCAUGUUUCAGCUGGAGUGA